UAAAGCUAAUCAUAUUUGAGUGAAGUUGUUAAGUCGUCAGUUGGUCGGCAAUUAAGUCAGUAAAAUGUUGAAGCUGUUGCUAAUACUUGGUUUCUUAAAUUUGGAAUUCUUCAUCACGAUCCGUGCUCAAGAUCCGCUUGAUUGCUUCCAGCUGGAAGACUCUGAAUGCCCAAAUUCAAAUGUUACCUUUCGAUUAUAUAACUCUAAUGAGCCAUUUGGCUUACUCAUAGAUGCAGAUACAAUUGAAGGACUCACUCUCCAAUCAUCAGAUCCGCUUAAAGUGAUUAUACAUGGCUACAAUUCGAGUCACUCAGGAACGCCCAACUUAGAGCUGGUUCCACAAUUUUUACAAAUUCCAAAUAUCAGCAUCAUCUCCGUCGAUUACUCGAAUCUUGUGCCCGAUCCCUGUUAUACACAGUCUGUCCACAAUGCCCACGUUGUGGGUCGAUGCAUUGGAUACUUCUUAUUCCCAAUUCUAAAUAGUAACGCUACAGUUACGGAGAAACUGCAUCUCAUUGGCUUUGGAUUAGGUGCUCACGUGGCGUCAUUUGCAGCCAACUAUUUAUCGGACCUUGGCCUCAAGGUGCCCCAUAUUACAGCCCUCGAUCCGGCCAAGCCUCUUUAUGUGACUACAGAUCUCGCAGAGCGUUUAGAUCCAAGCGAUGCGGACUUUAUAGAUGUGAUUCACACGGACAUCUUCAUUUAUGGCCUUAUGCAACCUGUGGGCCAUGUGGACUUCUUUCCCAACAAGGGCGUGGUCCAGCCCAAUUGUGGACCCAUCGACGACAUUGACACUCAUCAUUGCUAUCACGUACGUGCUGUUGAGUACUAUGCCGAGUCGAUUAGCUCAUCCGAGGUGUUUUGGGCCUUCCGCUGCAGAGAUCUGUAUGGCUUUAUUGUGGGAGAAUGUGAGCCCAAUAAUGACGUGGAACAGAUGGGAUACUUUGUUCGUGAAACGGCACGCGGUAACUACUUCCUGAUGACCAAUGGGAAACCACCGUACUGCAAGGGUAAAGACUUUUCCAAUUUGGAUCGCACUCUAUAUGGUGAGACGUAUUUGGGCGAUGCUCUAGUAUCGAAGCUGAAGGAAUUGGGGCCCUCACUUAGAGUGCUAACCACCGAUAUUCGCAAAUAAUCGAGUAUGUAGAGUGGGGACUGCUAAUACGCCUUUCAAACAUAUUUCCACGGUACCGUUCUUGCUGACAGGUAGACAGGUAGAUGAGAACAGCAUCGUUGUGUCAGCGCCUUGUUGUUGCCUAACAUUUUGUUGGGCGCUCGCGUCGUAUGCGCAAUAUUUAUGACACCUGCCAAACAAUAUGAUGCCCAUGCUGUUGCACAGUGGUCACCACUUCUACUCUUUCGAAACUAUACAAAAUUCAAUAAGAUACACAAAUGGCAGAUGAAAUAAAUAUAACGAAAUUCAGAA